AUGUCGCUCUACACGGACGCUCCCGAUGCCCGGACUUUUGAUCAAGACAAGCCAACCCUGCUUGUCUCAUGGUGGAUCACAGCCUUUUGCAUAGCCAUCAUCUUGACUCGAAUGGCCGGUAGAUAUGUGCGCGUCGAGAAAUUACUCAAGGAGGACAAGAUCGUGGCUGCAGCACUUGUACCACUCGUUCUAAGAGCCGUGUGCGUCCAUUUCGUGCUCAAGAACGGCACGAAUAAUGUCAACUUGGAUGGCUUAGACCUGAGCGACAAAGAUAUCGACAAGAGGGUUUUGGGAAGUCGCUUGGUCAUGGCCAGUAGGAUAUUUUAUGCCUCUGUGCUUUGGAUUCUCAAACUUACCACUCUUGAAUUCUUCGAGCGCCUUGCUGGUGCCACAAGACGAAGGUCACAUCGUAUAAUGAUCCACGUUAUUCGCGGUACCCUCGCUGCUACCUUUCUUGCCGUCCUUGUUAGCGAUCUCGCCGAGUGUCAACCGUUCCCUCACUACUGGCAGGUCACACCCGAUCCUGGGCCUCAAUGCCGCCAAGCAUUUGUGCAAAUGCUCACCAUGGGCUCGUGUAACGCCCUUACCGAUCUUCUCCUUAUCGCAUUUCCCAUUCCCAUUAUUCUCUCGACACAAAUUCCAACCAAGCGCAAGGUUCUUCUUAUCAUGCUUUUCAGCUUUGGACUUUUGACGGUCGGCAUCACUCUGUAUCGUAUUCCCAAAAUCCUUCAAGCUGGUGGUAGCCAAGUACUUCGUACAAUGUGGGCGUCCAUCGAAAUACUCGCCGCAACCGCCGUCGGCAACAUCGUUGCGCUAGGAUCAUUCUUGCGUGACAGUGGUGUCAAGCGAAAGAAGUACAAGGACUCGGAGAGCUACGACGGCUACUCCAACUCGAGAUCACAGUCGCAAGGGAAUUGGAUCAAUGGGUUCAGACGCGCGGAUCCGAGGCCAGGGUAUGAGCCUACCGAUGCUCCCGAGAGGUUUUACGAUUUAAGAGCUGCAAAUGCAAAGACGGCAAACACUGCUCUUGCGAGGGAGUUGAAGGGGAGACAUUUGCAGAUGAUUGCUUUUGGGGGUUCUAUUGGAACUGGCUUGUUUGUCGCGUCAGGCGGAUCGUUAUACAGAGGUGGCCCAGCCAGCCUUUUACUAUCUUAUGUUCUCAUCGGAGGAAUGCAGUAUUGCACAAUGCAGUCUCUAGGCGAGCUGUGUGUGGCUUUUCCUAUAGCUGGCUCAUUUUCGGCGUUUUCAACGAGAUUUCUAGAUCCAUCAUGGGGGUUUGCUAUGGGUUGGAAUUAUUGCUUACAAUGGCUAUUCGUAUUGCCUUUAGAGAUAAUCGCUGGUGCUUUCACAAUAGGAUAUUGGAAUGAAGCCAUUAGCAGAUCCGUUUUCGUCGCCAUUUUUCUACUUGUCAUCGUUGUUAUCAACCUAUUCGGCGUCAAGACAUAUGGAGAAGCUGAGUUUAUCUUUUCUCUCAUCAAGAUCACCGCCAUUGUUGGCUUCAUACUAUUGGCCAUUGUGAUCAACAUAGGCGGCGAGCCAGAAGGACAAUACAUAGGCGGCAUGUAUUGGCGGAAUCCGGGUGCGUUCAAGAACGGGUUCAAGGGUUUUUGCAGCGUCUUGGUGACGUCUGCCUUUUCAUUUACCGGGACUGAACUGAUCGGUCUGGCUGCUGCCGAGACUGCCAACCCUCGAAAAUCUCUACCCACAGCGAUUAAGCAAGUGUUUUGGCGCAUCAUGGUUUUCUAUUUAGUGGCUCUAUUACUCGUGGGUCUAUUGGUGCCCUCUGACGAUAAACGUCUUGUCGGCGGCGAUAACGUUGCAGACGCUACAGCGAGUCCCUUUGUUAUUGCGAUAGAGAAGGCUGGCACUUCUCUUCUUCCUGGGAUAAUGAAUGCCAUCAUCUUGAUAGCUGUCAUCAGCGUCGGUAACUCGGCGGUCUUUGGAUCUUCACGAACACUAGCUGCUUUAGCUGAGCAAUCCCAUGCACCUCAGAUCUUUGCCUAUGUGGAUCGACAAGGUCGCCCACUUAUGGCCAUCCUCUUUGCAUCCUGCAUAGGUUUUCUAGCAUUCCUUGCAGAUGUCAACUCACACGAUGCCAUUUUCAAUUGGCUCCUCUCCAUCAGCGCUCUUAGCACCUUGUUCACCUGGGGCAGUAUCUGUCUAUGUUAUAUCCGAUUUCGCACAGCCUGGAGCUAUAACGCACACACGAUCGAGCAGCUGCCUUUCAAGUCGCACGUCGGCGUCACAGGAGCAUGGGUGGCCUUGAUCGGCUAUAUACUUGUGCUUGCGUCGCAGAUUUGGAUAGCUGCCUCUCCUGUUUAUUCACCCGACAUCGAUGAUGGCCCUUCCGGUGUUGCACAGAACUUCUUCUUGAAGGUUUUGGCCAUUCCGAUUAUUAUGUUAUUCUAUAUUUGCCACAAGGUGUGGUAUCGCACACAGAUUGUGCGACUGGAAGAAAUGGAUGUUGAGACGGGACGACGAUACUUCCGUGUACAUAUUAUGGCGGAGCAAGAGCGGGAAGAACGGUUAGGCUGGCCUAAAUGGAAGAGGCUUUAUUGGUUUUUAUGUGCCUGA